UAAUAUAAUUAAAUAAGUAGACAGCCUUGGUAAUAAGAGAUCGAAAUUCUGGUACAAAGUUCUGCCAGAUUCCCACCACCUCUAACGAUGUCAACCGCUACUCCAAAUGCCUCCUCUGAUGUACUUGAUUUUGUGGUGCACAAAGCAAACGGCUUAAAGGUUUUAGUUGAUACAGGUCUUCAAUCCCUUCCUCGCCAAUAUAUCCAACCACCAGAACGAAGGUUGCAUGCAAGCCAAGUCAUUACCCAAGAAUCCAUACCCAUUAUUGAUGUCUCCAAUUGGGAUGAUCCACAACAUGUAGAAUCAAUCUUUGAAGCUGCAAGCAAGUGGGGUUUCUUUCAGAUUAUCAAUCAUGGGAUUCCACAAGAGAUUCUUGAUCAUUUACAGGAUGCAGCUCAUGGGUUCUUUGGGUUACCCAAUGAAGAAAGAAAGAAGUUUUGGAAAGGGAAAUCCCCAACUGAUACUGUGUUCCUUGCAACAAGUUUUACUCCUCUAAAGGAGAAGGUGCUGGAGUGGAAAGAUUAUCUGAGCUUUCGUUAUAUCCCUGGAGAUGAAAAGUCUCAGGCACUCUGGCCUUCUGUAUGCAAGGAUCCAGUGCUGGAUUAUAUGAAGAGGGCUGAAAUGGUUAUCAAAAAGCUGUUAGAGCUGCUACUGACAAAACUCAAUGUGAGGGAGAUUGACAAAGAAAAAGAAUAUGCCUUAAUGGGUUCGCUAACGAUUAACCUGAACUAGUAUCCUCAUUGCCCUAAUCCUGAACUUGUGACCGGAGUAGGCUGUCAUUCUGAUAUUUCAUCCAUCACAGUCCUCCUACAAGAUGACAUUGGCGGGCCUUAUGUUCGAGGAAUUGAAGAGGAUAGCUGGAUUCAUAUCCCACCAGUUAAUGGAGCACUUGUGAUCAAUAUUGGAGAUGUGCUGCAGAUAAUGAGCAAUGACCAAUAUAAAAGUAUAGAGCAUCGUGUGGUUGCCAAUGGAAGCAAGAAUAGGGUUUCAGUUCCUAUCUUUGUCAAUCCAGGACCUGAUGCUCUAAUUGGACCUCUACCAGAAGUGCUAGAGACUGGAGCAGCACCCAGAUAUAAGCCAAUUCUCUUUUCAGAUUACUUCAGUUAUUUCUUUAGCAAAGGUCAUGACGGGAAAAAUUCUAUCAACUAUGCAAAGAUAUGAUACCGAUCCAGAUGUUAAGACUUCAUAUCUUUUGUAAUAAGAAAGUAGUAGUUAGGAUGUAAUGUAAUUCUGCUGUCUGUUAAUGCCAGGAGAGGCUAUGCGCUCAGGUGCCUGGGUAUAAUGUCUUUAGUAGGCCUAAGCAGCCUUUUGAGUGGCUUCUGGAAAAAUGCAGCUUGUAUUGUGUGGCAGAAACUUUUCUAUCUUCCCCUUGUUGACCAACUGCAUCAAUGGCAUGACAAUUCUGUAGCA